AUUUUGUUCAUUCAGAAAAGAAACAAAAAAUGAUUUUCCUUCAAAAUGCAAAAUUACUCCAAAGGGUUAAACAGAAAAAAGAGGAGAAAAAUACGAACGCGUUUCUAGAAGCAAUUUUUCCAAACGCUGAAAAACAGACGGGAUGUAAAAGGUUUACCAAAUAGUUGUCAUGGAAAAAAAUAUUCGAUUUCUACUUUUUCUCAUUUACUUGGUAUUUUCUCUGAAACACCCAUUCACCCGACUUCUCGACGGCUCUCGUCUUGCUCUUGUUUUCAGCACUCUUAAAAGACAUUUGUUUUUUCUCGAGCAAUUACAUGUAGCUAGGAUUCUUCCAUUACCACCAUCUCCUCCUCCUUUAACACUGCUAAUCAUGCCUAUGGAUAUCUCUGCCGGCGUUUCUCCGGCUUCGUUCCGUUUUCCUAUGACCUCCAGUGAGGUUGUUUUUCCCUUGUCUUCUUCCUGUCUUCUCAAACUCAACAGAGGAAAUAUCACCAAUUGGUUUGUUAACAGCUCUUCUGAUGCUAUUGUUAACUCAACAAAUAUGCUAAUGCAUGCGCUUGGAGGUGCGGAUGCAGACAUACAUGAAGCUGCCGGACCAAGAUUAGCAUAUGCAUGCGAUGAUAUUCCUGUCGUCCGGGAUGAAGUCCGUUGCCCGACAGGAGAAGCAAGAAUUACUCAAGGUUUUGAAUUGCCAGUAUCUCGUGUGAUUCACACUGUUGGCCCCGUCCAUUCUGAUGAUAGAAACCCUGUACUUUCCCUGAGAAAUGCAUACAGGAACAGCUUGGAAUUGGCUAAAGCCAACGAGAUUCAGUACGUUGCUUUUCCUGCAGUUUGUUGUGGGACUUUUGGGUAUCCUUUGGAGGAAGCAGCUAUGGUGGCUAUAUCUACAGUCAAAGAAUUUGCACAUGACUUUAAAGAGGUUCAUUUUGUUCUGCUCUUAGAUGAUGUUUACAAUGUUUGGUAUGAGAAGACCAGCCAGUACCUAUCUUUGGUGAUGCAGCACAAUUGUUGUACGAUACUUUGAAGUGACAAAACCUUGUAGAAACAAAAUGUUAAUUGUCACAUAAUCAUGAUUAUAGGUGUGAUUUAAAUACAGUUAUUCUUAUUGUGAAUGAUUGAUGUAACAGAGUUUUAUUGGCUUAGUCUACAGCAGCCUGAUAUACCAGUGCUACCUAAA